AUGUAUUUGGAAGACCGAACGGUUCGAUUACAGUUGUGGGAUACAGCAGGCCAAUGGAUUGACGAUGUACGUGCCGAAAGAGGUCAUGAUGUUAUUAUUGUGUUGGUUGGAAACAAAACUGAUUUAAAUGACAAAAGACAAGUCACAACAGAAGAAGGGGAAAAAAAGGCAAAAGAAUUUAAUGUCAUGUUCAUUGAGACUAGUGCAAAGGCAGGGCACAACGUAAAAACCCUCUUCCGUAAAAUUGCCCAAGCUUUACCAGGAAUGGAGAAUACGAUGUCUGAGCCUCAAAGUCAACUUACAAGAGAAGCC